UGCUCUAAAUGCAAAGAUUACCUCUUCAUUGCCUUGGUCUGCGGAUGACAUCAAUGUUAUCGCAGUACAGCAGGUAGUUAAAAACUCCCUGGCAGCUGUCCCCGAGGAGAUUCUCCUAGAGACCUAGAGACCCACAAAAUAUUGUGAGGCCAUCGUGGUUGAUGCACCUCUGCAACAUCACAUGCAAGUCAGGAAUAUUGGCUUUUGAUUGGAAGACUUGAGCAAGUGAAAGGAGAAGGCGAUCAGCUUUCUGUUUAUCUAAUUCCAGGCAAAUGGCUCAUUUGGUUACAGCUGUCACCAGCUGAGAUCAUCCAGGCAAAAUCAGCUGAGCUCUUCACUGUAAUCCAGAUCUGAUAACAACUCUCUGAACAGCUCUGCGGACCGGAUAGGAAACUGUAAUUUUCUGGUUUACAAACUGAAUCAACUUCCAUGUGGGAAAAAACAUCAGACAAAAGGCCAGAGAGUGAAAGAGAGGCUGUCUUUGGAUGUACAGGUGUUCUCAGUGAUUUCUGCCUUUGUAGAGAGACACACACAUUCAUCAUGUCGCUCUCUGUGACAACGUUGGUGCUGCUGAUGGUUUGCGGCACUCAGGCUUCACAUUUUUUAGGCACAGUCAUGACCUACUACCCAAAGGACACUUUUGCAGAUGGAUCUGUCACAGUGACUCUUCGGUAUAAGUUGAACUUCCACGACUGCACAUCUGAUACCACAUGGAGUUGCCUCAGUGGUGAUUGUGGGACUGGAACCUACACACUACAUGUGGUAAAACAGGAGAGCAGUGGAGACUGGUGUCAGAGAGAGGGAAUCAUGACUCGACAGGUUUCCAGCAACGCUCUGUUUGAGCUUUGGUUGAAUAGUGGUAACUGGAUAUCAAGCAUCAAUAACAUCAUAUCAUGGAGAGCUGUGACUCGGGUGGAACUGAGGAACCGGUCCGACACCGGCAAAGCCAACACAUCACCUCAGACCACCAUCCUACCAGCUGUGGGAGUUCCUUCAAACUGUCAGAGAGAUUUCAGCCUGUUGAUGUUUGACCCUGAUGGAGACGAAGUUAAAUGCAGAUAUGGAAACUCUGCACUCUCAGAGUGUAACCCCUGCACUCCACCGUCUGUCCUCAGCCUCUCAUCGUCGUCUUGUACUCUGUCAUUCAGCCCCACCAACAGCAGUAAUGAAGGUUCGUAUGUAGUACAGCUGGUGAUGGAGGACUUCCCCAGACAGACCAUCACUCUGACUCAAACCAGCGGGACACAAACAACAAUAACUACCAACGAUGCCAUCAGCAAAAUACCGAUUCAGUUUGCUUUGAAAGUUGAUCCUGCAGUGCCAUCCUGCACAGAAGGACUCUUUCUGCCCAAGUUUCUUCCUCCAACACCAGCCAACGGAGCUCAGCUCUACAACAAUGUCAGUCAGACUCUGGACAUUAACAUCACUGCAGAGGCACUUAACUCCAUGGUCUCUGAGCUGCUCUACAGCGGGCCGUGCAAUUUAAUCAGUAGUACAUCAGGACCUGGACAGUUCAUCCUGAGAUGGACACCAUCUGAAAGUGAAGAUGGACAAACCCUCCCCAUCUGUUUUGUUGUCCAGGCAGUUUUCAAUGGGACCAAGUAUCACUCCGAGCUUCGAUGUGUCACUGUGACUGUUGCAAACGGUGAGUAGAGCCCUUCACCAUUUCAGCCACAUUUAAAUCUAAUUUACUGGAUCAGUGUAACUGAGCUGGACUGGUCAUGCAACACAGAGCACCUGU